CUAUAAGCUUGUAAUACUGACUCUAAAUAUUUUGUGGAUUUUCACACUAUUUUUGCACCUUUUUUUAUUUUUUGAGUUCAUGGCAAAGACGGAUCUAUAAAAGCUCGCUGUGGUCCACCUCUGACCUGCAGCUGCUGCCUGAUAUUUAAACAAAAAGAAUAUCCCUGUGAUGUUUGUGUAGCAUUUGAAGCGUUAUUUUAGGAUUAUUAUGGCUUCUCUUUUGAGGUAAGCGUGCAGUCCUGGUUCUCCAGAACGAGCCGGGUUAUGGCGGCCAGCGCCGCUCCUUCACCACAGAAGACGAAGCUUGGAAAUCAUUUCUGGAGAACCCGCUGACAGCUGCCACCAAGGCCAUGAUGAGCAUAAAUGGAGACGAGGACAGUGCCGCAGCUCUGGGCCUGCUGUAUGACUACUACAAGGUGCCCAGGGAAAAGAGAACAAUACCCCAGAGCAAGCCUGAAGCACUGGUCUGUGAUGUGGAUCCUAACAAAAGACACCAGAUCCAGGCGGGCCACCCCAUUGCUCCACUUCAGGAAGCUGGUAUGGAGAACAGGAUCCAGGUCCUCAAGGGGCCCUUCAAUAUUCUUCAGCUGGCCCCAGACAAGAGGAGCCAGUUCCCCUCACCAGACACGACCGUCACAGUUUCCAUCGCCAGCGGGCCAAACUACCCCUCCAUCAAGACGGAGGUGCCCGGCCACGGCUUCUCGGUGACCAUCCCGAACAACUGCGCCGAAACCGACAGCCACGUGGGCGUCUUUGACCGCCAGCUCAACCACGGCGGGGUCCAAUUCAGCCCCAGCACCCAGUCCCGCACGCCCCCCGACUCCACCUUCUCCGAGAGUUUCAAGGACGGUUCCCAGGAGGUGUUUUCCUUCCCAGGGGAUCUCCAGUUACGUAUGUCCUCCAUGACGCCUGAUGAGUACCCUCAGUUUGACACCGUGCCGGGGAAUAACUUUGAGUACACCCUUGAGGCGUCCAAGUCUCUGCGUCAGAAGACAGGCGACGGCACGAUGACAUACCUCAACAAGGGCCAGUUUUACCCAAUCACCCUCAGGGAGAUUGACAACAAAGGCAUGCAGCAACCCAUCACCAAAGUCAGGAGUGUGGUAAUGGUGGUGUUUGGGGAAGAGAAGUGCAGAGAUGAUCAGCUGAAACACUGGAAGUACUGGCACUCCAGACAGCACACUGCCAAACAGAGGUGUCUGGACAUUGCUGACUACAAGGAGAGCUUCAACACCAUUGGCAACAUCGAGGAGAUUUCCUACAACGCCAUCUCCUUCACCUGGGACACCAAUGAGGAGGCCAAAAUCUUCAUCUCUGUCAACUGUCUGAGCACAGACUUCUCCUCUCAGAAGGGCGUGAAGGGUCUUCCUCUGAACCUGCAGAUCGACACCUACAGCUACAACAACCGCAGCAACAAGCCCAUCCACCGUGCCUACUGCCAGAUCAAAGUCUUCUGUGACAAGGGAGCUGAGAGGAAGAUCCGAGAUGAGGAGCGGAAGCAGUCCCGCCGGAAAGGGAAGGUGGCUGAGCUCAACCCCGGCCUGGCCUUUGUGGAUGUCAAAGUGCCCAUUCUCCAGAAGCGUAAUGACGUGACCAUCUUCAAGAUGAUGACGGACUUCGAGACCCAGCCCGUCCUCUUCAUUCCUGACAUUCAUUUCUCUUCCUUCCAGCGCCAUCCCUUCGCGACAGAAGAUGGAGAGGAGAGCUCGGGCAUGAAGAGAUUACCCUUCAGUGAUGAUGAGUUCGCUGCGCCCCCAAACAAGAUGGCGAGAGAGGAGGAACCAAAGAAAGUCCUGCUCUACGUGCGCAAGGAGGCAGAGGAGGUUUUUGAUGCUCUCAUGCUGAAGAAUCCCACGCUGAAAGGCCUGGUGGAAGCUAUUUCAGAGAAGUAUGAAUUGCCUUUGGACAAAGUUGGAAAAGUCUACAAGAAGUGCAAGAAAGGGAUUCUAGUCCACAUGGAUGACAACAUCAUCAAACACUACUCCAACGAAGACACCUUCCAGAUCACCAUGGAGGAGCUGGGCGGCAUGUACAAACUCACCCUCACUGAAAUCUGAUUGGGCGGGAGGAGAUGACAUCAUCAGCAGGAUGCGGGAUGAAUCAAAUGGAGCCGUCAGGAGUGGUGGUUUACACGUCUAGCUAUGCAGCCAUUAUGGACUUGAUGUGAAAUGUAAAUCAUGUUGUCUUUGUGCUGCAUUAACCGAUUUUAAAAGUCCCACAAGAGGUAUUGAAAAGGCCAUAGCUCUUAAUACACCACAUUAGAUAUGUAAGUUAUACAUUUUGAUUCAUUUUAAAGCCUUUUUUGUGCAUAGGAAUCAACAAGUGAGGUCAGGUUGGAUUGUUAUGACACCCUUUAUCUUGUAUUUAGUGAGUUGCACCUCAAAUAUUUGUGCCUACUUUUGUACAUCGUGCAGAGUGUUUGUGGUGCUGCUAUACCUCAUGCUAUGCAAGCAGCAGUGUUUCUCAUAUGUUUGCAUUUAUGAGGAGAAACAGCUCCCUUCCUAAAGCCAUAGCACUGACAAUUACAAUCUGUAAAGCUGGGUAUUUAGUGCACAAAAUGAAGACGGCAAAUUAUUGAUGGAGCCCCAGUGGCUCAGUGUAUUAAUAGCAAACAGCGUGGCAGUAUUUAGUGAGUAAAAACUUCUUCGUCUGUCGUACAAUUAGGGGAGAAUAUUGUACAGUAAAUGUUGUAUUUUUUAGCAUCGGAUACAUGUUGUUUGAGUGAAAUGGCUUAAAAGAUAUUGUUUCCUAAAUAAUGGCCUCUUUGUAAGUAUUAAAUAGUUACUAAAUAUAUUGAAAACAAUGCGAAAACACAGCUACCACUCUCCUGUGGAGUCGUUCCCUGAAUGUGGAUGAAAUAGGUCAAGAAAGUCCAGUACAGUCCAGGCAGGCUGUUCUGGAAGUGCAAUAUGGUAUUUAGGUUCAGACACAUCCAGAAAGAAAAAAUCUCCUGUAUUGCCAUAACUACAGUAUAAAAUACAUACUAACUGAUAAAAUGGCUUUUUUUAAAAAAAAUGGAAAUGUUGUAUAUAUCCACUGAAAAAAGGAUCAACAUGAUCCACCCUUUUUUAUCUCAGUACUUAUUGUGUAUAUAUUUAUUAAGAGAAUGGAUGUGGGUCAUUGUUUUUUUUUACCAUAUAUAACAAAAUUUCUAUUAUUCCUAAUAAUAUAAUGUUUUUUUUCCUUUUUAUAUGAAGUUAUUCUAAUGUUACAUGUCAAGGGACAGAAAGUUAUUUACAUGUCUUUAAUUGAUGCUGUUUUUUUGUAAAGGAUUUGCUGCACAAGGUGCCCAAUAAAGGCUCUCCAGUCUA